AGGCGUACAACAGCCGAAGAGAUCGCGCGUAUCCAACGAUUCUCGAUAUGUCGCAAUUUUCCGCAAUUACGGCUGUACGUGGAAUUGGGGAGUGCAAUAAAUGUGACAAAGUCUAGUUGAUCCGAGAUAUCGAAGCACACCUUGGCAGUUCGGCGCACGAAAUUGGGGAUAAUUCUGAUAAAUGUGGCGCGCAAUCGGUUCACGAUGGUGAUUGGGAGUGUGAGUUAUUUUUUCGGUGUAAGUUACCUGCAGUUGACGAGUGAUAUUACUAUAGCGGAAUAACUGAUAAGAUAAGGAAGGAAUGGCACCAACUCAGGAGGGGUUGUGGUUCAGUGUUUGAUACAUAAUAUAUAUUUUUUUUAAUAAUUUUCCUCAUCAAUUUCGUUCGAUACGUGUCUUAUUUGUGUGACUCGGUAGCUCUCCAGCUUGCUCCUUAGUCGCAGUGAGAUGUUCCCCGUGACUCGAACAAAGUGCUUACGCCUAGCUUGAUGUUCGAGCUGCAACAUCAUAGUACCAGCGCAUAGUUCAACGAUCUCAACAUUGAAUAGUGAGUUGUGUGUUUUUUUCCUGUGUAGAGUGUCUAAGUGCGCCAAUUGAUUAUCCCGAAGAUGAAAAUGGCCGUUAAUUCAGUGGCGGCUAAUGAUCCAUCCGAUUCAAACAAUAACAGUUUACCUGUGAGUAGUGUACACGCAAGGACAGUUAGCAUCAGUGCCAGCGUUCCUUCUGGUUCGAAAGGAAAUCACGAAGUAGAUUUGCAGAAGAUGGAAGUCAGAGAUUCCACCGACAACACGUCGAGAAACGAAACGGGAUCACCUGAGCACCCACCGCACCCACCACAAGCCCAAACCCCACAAGCACCACAGCAACAUCAUCAACAGCCUCAGCUACAAGAAACUGAAGUUCAAGAGUUGAUUGUCCCUGCAGAGAUGACUAUCAACGAUGGACAGACUCCUGCGUUACCCACGGCUGUGAUAAUCAAUCAACACAAGCACCGCAUGAUAACCACUAGUGGAGAAAUUGCCGAGUCACACGAAGUGCACCCAGAUUCAAAUGAUUACGAUACUGUCGAGUACCACCAAUCAGUAGGAUCCGUAUCGGCGGCUCCUGGACAUGCUUUCACGUAUGAGCAGUCACCAACGAGUCAACAUAACAGCGUCGCAGCCUCAUCCCCGAUCCCUCAUUUCGUGAAGCGGGAAUCAAGCAUAGAAAAAGAAAGACACGUAAACGUUGAGACGACUCAGCUUCCAGUUCAACAAACAGUUUAUAUCGAGUACAAAAAUGAUGUAGACGAUACUGUUCGCUAUAGUGCGGACCCUCGUUAUGAAGAAUUGAAAUAUCAUCAUCGCUACGUCUACCAGCAACCCCAUUCGAAUCUACCGCUACCUCCUCCACACCAUGCUCAUCACCCGUCGCAUCACCCUGUACACGCACAGCCCGUCUCACAUCAGCAACAACAUCAUCCACCACAACACGAAGUGGAUUCCGCCAUCAAAUCCGAACAACUGGAUCACCAUCAUCAGCAUCACCACCACCAACAGCAACAGCAUGCUCACACGCAAAUACAUCAGCAGCAUCCGACAACGGUUCACUCACAACAUCAACCUCAUCAGCAUACUAUCCAGAUCUACGAAGCCCAGGAGGGUGCGCAACAGUCUGAAGUUCAAACAGCAUCGGAAACAGCCGGUAGCGAAGUUAAGACACACUACACCAAUUUGGAACCUGUCCAUACGCUGCCAUCUUCGCAGACAUAUUACAUAGGAGCCGAAGGCUACCAAACCCCCGCAAACUAUUCGUACAUUGCACCUAAGGAUGCGAUAUAUUAUCAUCCCUCACCAAGUCCGAAUACAGUGCUUUACAAAAGUAGUGACCCUACGCUUACAUCGUCUUCCAUUAUAGCAAAACAGGUUCACUACAACUCGCAAAAUUUAUAUGAAAGCGCAUCGCCUCAUAAUAGUGCAUCUCCAGGGGCACAACAACAAAUUUAUCAAUACUGGAAUGGCAGCUUAGACUACGGCACGUCUUUUAGCGGUGCCGUCGUCAUGGAUCAGGCUACUUCAGGAGCAACAGAGUACGCAAGCAAUGGGCAGUCAUGGCAAAUCGGAGGGUUGACCGAUGCAUACGAAGGGCCCAAUAUGAUAUCAUCCGAGCCGCGAGAGUGCGUGAACUGCGGCAGCUCCGAUACGCCACUUUGGCGAAGGGACCCGGUGGGGCAUACGCUUUGCAAUGCUUGCGCUCUAUACAACCGUCAAAAUCCGGGAACUAACCGGCCUCCAAACAGGAGUCAUAAAGCGAAACAGCCUCCGAAAACACCAGUUCCCGGAAACCGACGGACGGGCGUUAUUUGCGCAAACUGUCAAACGACCACAACGACGCUGUGGCGUCGGAACAACCGAGGGGAACCGGUUUGCAACGCAUGUGGGCUCUAUCACAAACUGCACAACGUCGACCGGCCGUUGACGAUGAAGAAGGAUGGCAUACAGACGCGGAAGAGAAAACCCAAAUCUAGUCAAACGAUUCCGCCGAUAAAUGGAAUCGGAACUGAAAAACUUCUCCCCUCUAUGAUACAGCCACAAAUUCAUUCCAUCGGCGCUAGUCCAGCCGGCCAGAAACUGUUGAUGCCUCCGCAUGGUCACAUGACCGUGGUUUCCGCUCCAACAAUGGAGAUCCACACACCGCAUGCCAUCACCUCAUCUUCGAGUGGUUCCACCCAGCCCGACCAAAGAUUUAUUGAUAGCACUUCGACUGUCAACAGCUUGCCCCCUCAUCUUUCCAAUAGUAACAAUCUGUCACGGCACGUGCCUACCAGUGUACCAUCGAUCGAUACGAGUCGACCACCAAAUGGCGAAAUUACCAGCGUCAUAACAAGUACCGCCGUGGCGGAACGAGCUAGCAACUGAAUAAUUUGUUCUUCGAAAGUAUUAGAUAUAUGUUUUUAGAAAAACCAAAAAUCUAGUUAGUAAGGUUUGGGAUAGUAAUCAUGUUGAUUAUUUUAGUGUAUAUUGUAAUAAAAUUGUAAAUAAAACUUAAAAUGAUCGUGAUAAUUGAAA